AUGAACAUCCCAGAACCAGAAUAUGACCUGAAUCGUUAUCGUCCAGUUACCGGUGCCUCCGGUAGCUGCUUGUAUGCCGACAAGGCUGUCAACUACAACACCGCUGCUACCCAGCUUAACCAGUAUGGGUGGAUCGAACCUUUACCUGCUAAGAACCCAAUGGGCGUGUUUCUCAUGAGCACGGAGGGGGUCCAAGCGUUGGUUGCAAAAGAUUCCUUGCGUUCAUGUGUGGAUUUCGUAGAAAUGUGUGAAGAGAAGUUGGGAAUCGCAGGGUGCUACAUCUUGAUCCCAAAGAGAACCAAUGGAGCCCAGCAGAUGGUCAAGUUUUUGAGCCAGUGUCUCGAUGUGAGCUUUGCAGAAGCUAAAGGCGUUGAGCUGUUGAGAGGUUAUGAUUCCCUAGACUGGUAUAUCUGCAAGUGUGAAUUAUGA